UCAAAACGAGAGUGUCAAAUUUUCAAAACCUACCCGCCAUGUUGUGUGUGUUUUAACCGAAGGUAGAGGACGUCGUUUGUUUACUGCGUAUUUGAGAUUAGAUUCGGCUAUUUUCCAACGGACACGCGGGUUUAUCACUUUAACAGCAUGGAUUCCCGCUUUGCGCAUCUUUACAAGCGAGACAGUAGUGUCUCCAUGAUCAGAGUGAAAAUGUCCAGGCGGCGGUCUCAAACACAAAAAGAGAACAGGGCAAAGAUGCAGAAUUUCCGCAGACACCUUGACCAACUACCUGAGCUGGAACUAUCUGUCGAUGUCUCAACUCUUGAAAAGUCAGUCCUUUCCUCCCAAGAGAUGGGACACAAUGCCAAAGCCAAUAGAAGUAACAGUGCCAUAGAGGAGAGGAGAAAGAUGCUGGAACGUUUUAAAGAAAACAAAGCGCUGCAGAAGGAGAAAGAAAAGCGAGAAAAAGAAAAGAAAGGCACAUUUAAGGUCGGUCUCUAUCGACCACAGCCCCUGGGUUACUUGCCCUUGAAUCCUGUUCAACCGAGCACAAAAAAGACCACAGAACCUAUACAGUCCACCAGGGUGACCCGCUCCAUGAAACAGCAUCUGCAGCCAAAGCAGCAAGUGGAAAAACAGUCUGCACCAAAGAAGGCUGAGCCGCCCAGCACAAGAGCUAACAAGUCAUCAGCACCAUCGAUUGCUAGAAACAGAACUGCUGCAGUUGAACCAAUUGUCAGAGCUCCAACCACCCGAUCAGCUGCUAAAAGUGUGACUGCAGCAGUAACAACCAAACCUGUGACUAAACCUGCUGCAGAUCUCAGACCUGCCAAAACUAAAUCUGCUAAUAGGCAAACUGCAGCGCCCUCUUCAGGCAGAGGAAAGACAAUGCAGGAACAUACUGAAUCUGUGGUGGUAGAAGAGAAGGGAAUUAAGAUUGCCAAUGAGGUGGUCACUGCAGUGAAUCCCUCCCAUCCCGAAGAAAAAAAAAUGGUGGAGGAAACCAAUGUGACUCCAGUUUCGUUUGCUCCCCAAGGAUUUGUGUUCCAGCCCCCUUCUGGUCUGAGAACCUUCCAGCCCACACCCCUUUCCCCUCGCUCUGCUGACGCCUUCCUCUCACCCAGCUUUUCAGUGGAACCCCAGAUGAUGUCUGUGAGCCCAAUAGCUCUACAAUGUGACUCUUCCUCUGCUCCAACUCCCUCCUCACCUCCACCCUGCUUGGAACCUUGUCCUACCUCUCCUUCCAAGUCUGCUCCUUCUCAGAUACCUCCUGCCUCACCUUCUGCUUCUCUCUCUCACCCACCACCUUCUUUGCCUCCUGCCUCUCCUUCUUCUUUUGCUCCCUCGGAGCCUCAGCAUGAUGUGCCUUAUUUCAGGGCAGUAAUGGCUAGUGAGACAGAAAGGUUGACUGGGUUGUCUGAAAUUUGGCAAUUGCGAUUUGAUGAUUCCUCCAUCCCAGAAGAAAUGCGGGACCGCAUGCGUACAGCUGUUGGCCAGGCCAGGUUACUGAUGAAGGAGCGUUUUGCUCAGUUCAGUGGCCUGGUGGACGACUGCGACUUUGGCAGAGGAGAGAAGAUCACCACCUGCACAGACUUGCAGGGGUUCUGGGACAUGGUGUAUUUUCAGGUGGAAGAUGUUGAUAAGAAGUUUAAUGCAUUAAAAGAAGCUGAAGCCCGGGGAUGGCAAGAGGAGAUCAAACCUGUCACCAGGCAGAAAAAAGUGGUCAAGAAGCCACCUGCUGCUGGAAGUAAGACUGGAGCAGGUGUGGGGGCCAGUGCAGCUGCAAAGAGUCGUCUGGCUGCAGUAAAAGCUGCCAUGAAGGCCAAGCAGGCAGCAGCCGCUAAAGCUGCUGAGGCUUCAGACAGAGAGCAAGAAGAUUCGGCUCCUGCUUCAGAUACCCCUGCUAACACGCUGACGACCCAGACGGUCGUUUUUCAUGGCGGCUUCUUCCAGGUGGAGAGUCCAGUCAAAGUAGUUGGUGCUGUAAGAAGAUCGUCUCGGAUGAGUGUGGCUCCAUUUAGCCAGUGUUCCCCACAUGGGUCUAAAUUUAGCACACCAAGUAGGCAGCAGAGGCCCACUGCAGUCGUUCGUCCAUCUCCACUUCCAUGCAUUCUCACUCCCUCUAGAAGUGCACCUCCUCCUGCAUCUCCUCCUACCUCUCCUGCUAUGGUAGCUCACACCACUGCUUCUCCUGUCUGUACUCCUAAACGGCACAUUGAUCCCCUUCCCUGCUCUCCCAAACCCCUUCACAUCAGCCCUGAACACCACAAGACUGCCCCCUAUGCGUCACCUAAUGGAGACACGGACACACCACUCAGCCAGCAUGAUCAUAACACCAGUCUCAACAAUAUCCAGUCAGACCUCAUGGUUACACAAGUAGAUGAUCAAUUGAACCAGUCAGCUGAGAUCAAGCCACACAAUUCUCCAUGCCAGUCAGAGAAAGAACCGCCAGUUCAUCAUCCUGCGAGUCCAGGCAGCAGUGCAGUGCCUGAAGAAACUACUGAAAAGUCUGCAGUGGGAGCAUUAUCCCAGGAGAUGACUCCAGAGACUGUGGUAGCUGAAGUGGACAUGUUCCCAUCAGACAGUCAAACUAAUGCUACAAGUUUCACCCACUCGCCUCCGGUGUGCAAGACACCUCCCCGAGCGGAGGCUGUGGAGAAGUGUGUCUCAGUCUCUUCCUCCCCCUGUGUGAUGUCCACCACACAACAGCAAGUCCAAAUCCUCCCUGCAACACCAGCGGACAAAACUCACACAUGUGUCAAUGAAAGAUCUCCUGUCAGUGCAGAUGGUACAGUGCCUCAAAAUCAAGACAGUGAGAAUCUUGCCGGAUUAGAUUUUGAACGUUAUCUGCAACCCACAACCCGAUGUAGCUUAUCUCCCGUGCAGAGCAUGGCACUGGACGAAUUGUCCCUUGGCCUAGAAGAUGCUGAAAUGGAGAGCCCUCAGUCUCAGGCAGAGGAGCCCGUUCAAGAUGCACUGAUGACUCCUACAGCUUUUCCCAGAAUGGCACCAUUGGUGGUCACUCCCUGGACUAAUGAGAUGACCACAGGUCAGUUGCUGUUCACUCCCGAGCUGAAGGAGAGAAUAAGACAGUCAGUGUGUGAGCGUGACCUCAUGAUGUUUACCCCACCAACUGAUAUUUAAUUUGAGCAGAAAUGUGGACAAGCAUUAUGUGGGGUUAUGUGUUACUUUUUUAUAGUAAAAUUGAUAUUAAUUAUAUUUAGAUUGCCAUAUUUUAUGUAUACUUUCUGCAUUUACAAAAUUUCGAUCAAUUAAAAUGAGCUUUUUUUU